GCUGUCAGCUAAGGUCUCAAAUAAUUCCUAAUUACUUCCCCGUCCCUGUUUUCAAGCGUGGGAAGGCACAGUUGUGGUAGACCGCUACAGUCCUAUAACUGUCGUCACAUUUAACAUGUAUAAAUUAUAGGAAAAAAUCAUGUGGCCAAGCUGUUCUUUAUUUAGGUAAAAGAUUGUCUGGUGGAAACCAGAGUGGCUUUUGUAAGGGCUAGUGCAGGCAAACAUUGCCACUGACCAUGUGGGAGGUAGUACUUCCGGUCUUUUAAAUCUAAAGAUUAUAUGUUAAUAGAAAGAAGUUCAAGUGAUUCUGUUGGACAACCUGGGAGUGGAGAAUUGAAUGCUUAGGUUUGUGUUAAGCUGGACAAUAAAAGUUAUGGUUGGGUAAGUCGUGUCUGAAACCAUUACAGCUGAAAUGGCACCCCUCAAGAAAGUGUGAGUAGCCAAGUACUUUUUAAAAUUAUGAAUCUGCAUUCAAGGAGAGGUCUUCCUCAAGCAGGGUUCAAGAGAAAAGAGCUUGAGGAGAGACCUUAUUUUCACAGACUUAAUUUACUGACCACAGGGGCUCAUCCUGCACCUUCUCCAGUGAUCCCAGCUGAGUCAUUGUGCUAUGUCAUGGCUUGGUCAUUCAGAUGGUUCUGCUUCCAGCCACUCCCCUCCUCUCUAGAACUUUGGCAUCUACUAGUGUAAACACAAAAAUGAAUGGCCAUACUUUUGUGCUGAGUGCGACAAGAGCCUGCCUUGCUCUGCAAGUACAAGUGCCUCUUAUGACCUUCUACGACUUGGGCUAUCUAAUUUGCCUCCACUGCAGUGGGAUGCCAUACACCUGUGAACAACGUGGGAAGAGGUUCUGGAAGUGGUGUUCACUAUGGGUGCAUAGCUGCUAGCACACAGGGGAGGUACCCGGGCAUGCCUGCUCCCACAAAUGCUUCUCCUGUCUCACAGGGCCUGCCACGGAGGACAAGAAUACAGCUAAGAAGAGGAAGGGAUGAAGAGAAAGAAAGGGGAAAGGAAAAGAGAGCAAAAACACAGAAACUACCUAAGCAUGCAGAGAAGGAAACAGGAAAUGCAGAGCUGCAGGUCUUACUAGUGGCCCUCUCUGCAUCAGUGCUGCUUGCCCAAGUCAACGGAGCACCCCAGAGGGACAUGCUGGCCGAACUCCUGCGUACGGAUGUUACAGAGGGUAACGAGGACCUCUCCCGCAUGCUGUUUCUGAAGAUCGUGUCUGACCUGAUGAUGACGGGGGACAACAAGGUCCUGCCUGAUCCACGUCCACGGUCCACGGAGGAGCUGAGAAUUCACCAGGAUGUGGCUCGCCAGCUGCCCCUCUCCCAGCGCGAGCGCAAAGCUGGCUGUCGGAACUUUUUCUGGAAGACCUUCACCUCAUGUUAGCACGUAGCACAAUGUAGUCCCUUGCAUCAAUAUCAGACCAGUUAUCUCCUUUUUUUUUUGCACUUACUUGAAAUAUGUUGUAAUCGUGUCUGUAUGAAUGCAGAAAGUAUUGACUAACUAGUCCUGUCUUGGAGACCAACUGUUCCACCAUUAUCUGCAGCAAUGGGAUCCACUUUGGCCUUUGACAUUUAGAUCAAUAUUAUCCAGAUAUCAAGUGAGUUUGCUCUUUAGAAGUUGAAAUGAAUUAGUGUGGAACAGAUCUCCAAGACUUGCACUGGUUACCAUCUCCCUGCUGACACAAAGCACCAGAGGAAUGUAAAGUUAAAAAAAUGUCAGGGAGGGGGCUUCUCCCUGCAAAUUCCACUCAUAGACUCCCAUUAAAGCCCCAGAGGCAUCACUUUUCUUCCUCA